ACUCGGUAGAGGACUCGGCUGAAAAGGUGGAGGGCCCGGGGACCCAAGGAGCCAAGGAGUCGUCGAACGACUCGAGGGACGAAGACAGUGCUAACGACAUAUCAUCCACACUGAGUGGUCUACUGGCCGGACUUCCGGCGUUGCCGGGGCCCCAACGUCUCGCAUCAUCCUUGAGGCAGAGAUUUUCCACCAACUCAGGUUAUCCCCGGCCCGGCCUGAUGCGGUCAUCGAUCCCGAGCAUCGCGGAUUUCUUUCCGUUUUCGGCAGUGUUAUAAUUAACCGACCCCCCAACGUGAUUUAACAAAGCCACCAACGAAGGACAUUGAUCAUCUAUCAAGUAACCCUUAACAAUGGCGUCAAUAAAGAUCCCAGUGAUAAACCUCGAAGUGGGCGAAGUUAAGGACAUAGUUUGGGACAAGCUUCAGGAGCCAAAAUCCCAACGAACAUUGGUCCUAGUGAUAGUCUCGAUAGCUCUUCUGCUGGACAACAUGCUGUACAUGGUGAUAGUCCCGAUAAUACCCGAUUACUUAAAGUACAUAGGAGCCUUCGACGACGAGCCGCAACCUGCUAACACCACCCAAUCAGGACCGCCGAGCCACCACGGACAGGAUUCAGCAACAGGAGUCCUGUUUGCUUCGAAAGCCAUCGUCCAGUUGAUGGUAAAUCCCUUCUCAGGAGCGCUGAUCGACAGGAUUGGAUACGACAUCCCAAUGAUGAUCGGCCUGUGCAUCAUGUUCCUGUCAACGGCAGUCUUCGCCUGCGGCCGCAGCUACGGAGUCCUCUUCUUUGCUCGGAGCUUGCAAGGAGUAGGCUCUGCUUUUGCAGACACAUCAGGCCUGGCGAUGAUAGCAGAUAGGUUUACUGAAGAAUCUGAGCGGUCAAAAGCGCUGGGAAUCGCCCUGGCGUUCAUCAGCUUUGGGUGUCUAGUGGCUCCGCCGUUUGGAGGUGCCUUGUACCAGUUUGCCGGUAAAGAAAUGCCAUUUCUCAUCCUGGCAUUCGUGUCUUUAGCUGAUGGAUUCAUGCUGUUGCUGGUAAUGAAGCCACUUAAGGAGCAAAUCAAGGAGAGUCAUGAUCGCCAGCAAACCCCGACUGUUCCAAUCUGGCGGCUGUUCAUGGAUCCUUACAUUGCAGUCUGUGCUGGUGCGUUGAUGAUGUCCAACGUAGCUCUGGCGUUUCUGGAGCCUACUAUCUCGUUGUGGAUGGAGGAUCAUAUCACCAAGGACAAUUGGAAGAUGGGAAUGAUCUGGCUGCCUGCUUUCUUUCCUCAUGUCUUUGGUGUGGUGAUCACUGUGAAGAUGGCCAAGCAGUAUCCUCAGCAUCAGUGGCUGAUGGCAGCGGGAGGUCUCGCUCUUGAGGGACUCUGUUGCUUUAUUAUCCCUUUUUCGACCUCCUACAAGUUCCUGAUGCUGCCAAUCUGCGGGAUUUGCUUUGGAAUAGCGCUUAUAGACACUGCGUUGCUUCCGACGUUGGGAUAUCUUGUGGACGUUCGGUAUGUAUCGGUCUACGGAAGUAUCUACGCGAUCGCUGACAUAUCCUACAGCUUGGCCUACGCCGUAGGACCGAUCAUUGCGGGCGGAGUCGUUGAAGCAAUUGGUUUCACCGCUCUUAACAUCGGAAUCGCUUUCUCCAAUCUGUUGUACGUCCCAGUCUUGUACUACCUCAGACAUAUCUACGACUUCAAGCCCUUCCAGGACGAAGCUAAUGUUCUGAUGCAAGACCCGCCUGACAAGGAGUACCAGACCUACGUGCUCCAGGAGCAGCGGCCCAUUAGUGGUGAUGUUGGCAAUCACCUCACUCAGCAGAGGAUGGAAACUGACGUUGACCAGGACAAUGGUUAUCAAGGGUAUCAAGGGAACUAUCAGGAACAGACCUCCUAUGUGCAGCAGCCCCAACCUUAUGCCCAGUAUGAUCAAUAUGGACAAGGACAGGGACAAGGACAAGGACAGGGACUGGGACAGGGGCAAGGACAAGGGCAGAGACAGUACCAGCAGAACUAUACCGAACAGCAGGGACAAGUUGGUGACGCUAACCCCUUUAGGAGAGCAGAACCAGAACCUAGACAAGAUGCUAAUCCGUUUAGGCAAGGAAUGUACUAAUUGAGUAACGUUUACGAUUAACGUUUUUUUUAAUCCGUCUUCGUAAGUAGGCUUCCAUGGUUUCAUUAUUAUAGGGGGAGUGUUACAGUGCUGUGAUUAUUAUUUCGUGUGGUGAUUGUGGUUUUGUUAGUUAAUGGUGGUUAUUUAUUUUAUUUUAUUUUUUUGUUUAUAAGUUCCUGUGCUCCCAGUCAGCAAGGGAACCUGGAACUUGAGUUUGUCGCAGCUAGGAGGUUAGUUUAUCGUUGCUGAACCAGGAUAACAUAUCAGGUGCCCAGUAUUGAUUAACGCUUUUCAUUAUAGAGCUGUUUGUCAAUAGUUGGGCGCCCAAAGUAGCAAGUAAGUCGUUAAUAGGUUAAUUAUUAUUAGGGAUUAUUAUUAAGAUUAUGGAUUUAGUGUUCAUUGAUGUCGCGUUAAUUAUCUAACAUUUUGAUACAGCUGUCAUUAUUGAUGCUAAAGAUUUUGGCAAUGUUCGUAAAGAAAUUUGAGAUCUGAACUAUUUAAAAUGGUCAUGCAUGAUCAGAUGUGAUCACAUUUGGUCAAAUUUGUUCAUUUAACCUUACUCGGUCAGAUGUAGGCACAUAUGAUCACAUAUGAUCACGUGGAAUCAUGUAUGAUUUAUUCUGAUCAGGUAUAGUCGUAUUUGAUCAGGUGUUUCCACAUGUAAUCAGAUAUGAUCAUAUUUAGUCAUGUUUCAUCAACUAUUGUCAUAUUUGAUCAAAUAUAAGUACAAAAUCUAAUCAGAUAUGAUCGAAUCUGAUCAUGUGAAAUCAUAUAUAUAGUAAAACUUUGUCGGGUAUAGUCAUGUAUAAUCAGAUAUGGUCAUAUUUAGUUAGAUAUGAUUACAUUUACUUAAAUAUGGUCAUAUUGAGUCAGAUAUGGUCAUGUUUGAUCAGAUACAAACACGACAUCUGAUCAGAUAUGGUCAAAUAUGAU